CCUUUGGUCGUUGGUUCCUUCUUCUUGUCGUUGGAAAACGACAGUGUGGCAAAGAAGAAGAAGAAGGAGGAGAAGAACAUUCAUUUUUUCCUCCUUCUUUUUUCUCUUUCUAUCAAAUUCCAAUAAUUUGGUGAAUGGGAACGUUCCAGACCUUAAGAAAGGCCUACGGUGUUCUCAAAGACUCCACCACGGUUGGCCUAGCCAAGGUCAAUAGCGAAUAUAAGGAAUUGGAUAUUGCAAUUGUGAAGGCUACGAGUCACGUAGAAUAUCCUCCUAAGGAACGUCAUGUUAGAAAAAUAUUCUAUGCAACUUCAGCACACCAGCCGCGGGCAGAUGUAGCUUACUGCAUACACACACUAGCCAAGCGGCUUUCGAAGACACGGAAUUGGAUAGUUGCCAUAAAGACAUUGAUAGUCAUUCAUAGAAUAUUGAGAGAGGGUGAUCCUACUUUCAAAGAUGACCUCACAGCCUACGUGCGCAGGGGACGUUUUCUUCAAAUAUCUAAUUUCAAAGAUGACUCAAGUGCUCUAGCUUGGGACUGUUCUGCAUGGGUUCGAACCUACGCACUAUUUUUAGAAGAAAGGCUUGAAUGUUUUAGAAUCCUAAGAUAUGACAUCGAAGCUGAGCGUUUAACAAAACCAUCACCGACUAUAACUCAAGGACAUAGCAGAACACGAAUGUUGACUAGUGAAGGGCUAUUGGAGCAGCUGCCUGCACUGCAGCAACUUCUAUAUCGCCUAAUUGGUUGUGAGCCUGAAGGGUUGGCUUUACGCAAUCAUCUAAUACAGUAUGCACUGGCCUUGAUAUUGAAAGAGAGCUUCAAAAUAUAUUGCGCCCUCAAUGAUGGAAUCAUAAAUCUUGUGGAUGUGUUCUUUGAUAUGCCAAAAUAUGAUGCAGUGAAGGCGUUACGUAUUUAUAAAAGAGCUGGCCAACAGGCUGAAAAUCUUGCUGACUUCUAUGAAUACUGCAAGAGAUUGGACCUUGCUAGGAAUUUUCAAUUUCCAACCUUGAGACUGCCACCUGCUUCUUUUCUUGCGACGAUGGAAGAAUACAUUAAAGAAGCACCCCUGACUGCUACUAAGAGACUGGAGUAUCACGAAAAUGAUCAAUCACCUCAAAGUGAAGCAGAACCCAAAGAAUCUGAAGAAGCUGAAGCAAGUGAGCAACCAGAUGAAGAAGUCAACGAGGAAGAACUGGUAGAUAAAGAUGAAACACAACCUAAGGAAGAGGAAGCUGAACUUCCUCCUUUGAUAUCAACUGAUGAUUUGCUGGGUCUAAACGAGAUAAAUCCAAAAGCUCAAGAACUAGAAGAAAGCAAUGCUUUGGCGCUUGCAAUUGUACCACCCGGCGGACAUUACUCAAACAAUCUUGCGUUGACUAACAUAAGCGGAACUUCUGGUUGGGAACUUGCACUGGUAACAACACCAAGUAACCAUACAAGCCAAGCACCAGAUCGCAGAAUGGCUGGUGGGUUUGAUAAGCUAUUACUAGACAGUUUGUAUGAAGAUGAAAAUGCCAGGAGACAACUUCAACUACGAAAUGCAGGCUAUGGAUAUGAGGGAAUGGAUACACAUAAUCCAUUUGAUCAUUAUAAUCAGCAGGAUCCAUUUGCAAUGUCCAACAACAUAGCGCCUCCGGCCAAUGUGCAAAUGGCAUUCAUGGCUCAGCAACAACAACAAAUGAUGUUCCAACAACAGCAACAAUAUAACACGAUGAUGGUCCCUUACCAGUAUCCACAGACUCAAUACAAUCAACAAAUGCCAGUAAUGGGUUCUGCUAAUCCAUUUAGUGAUCCCUUAUCCGUGCCUAGCUAUACUUAUAGUUCCAUGCAUCAUCAAGGAAACUACCACUUAAUGUAGAGUUCAGCUUCUUUCCUACUCAAUCCUCUUCUUUUCUCUCCCCCAAUCCCCUGCCCAAAAAGGAUGUGUUCUCUGUUAUUUUAAGUAGGAUAACACCAACUUUCUUUAUCAAAAUCUCAUUCAUUAUUGGCCGGUGAAUGUGACAUGUACAUUUUAUUUGUAACUAUCAAUGAUUCAUUUUUCAUCA